GCCAUUACUGGCAUCAUUUUUUGUCCGACUUGUCCGUUGAAAAAGAAUGACCAAAAUCGGAUAUUAAACUUCAUGUAUAAUUGUGUGGAAACUGAUUUUUUUAUCGUGUGGUGUACUAAGACAAUCCGCUUAGAUUCUAUUUGAUGAUUAUGCUAUGUAUAUCGCGUAAACCGGCUCAGAAAACUUGACACGAACAUGGCGGGACGGCUGGUGGUGCUGGACCGCGCGGGCCGCGCCAAGAGCAAGAGCUUCGUGCUGGGCUCGGGCAUGUGCACGCUGGGGCGCAGCGCUGCCUGCGACAUUCGCGUGCUGCUGCCCGAGGUCAGCCCGCAUCAUGCCACCAUAACAGUGCAUGCUAAUCAGACUGUGGUGCGGAACGUUGGAUCGGGCACUACAGAAGUAAAUGGCGCACCAGUGAGUGUGUGCGCUCUACAACAUGGAGACGAACUGGACAUAUGUGGCCGCAAACUGCGCUGGGAGUAUGACACACCUCUAGCACCGAAACGGAACAAGACACAGCCAGCCCUAGCGCUGCCGACGGCCCCCCCCCGCGGGAGCCGCCGCGGCACGAUGGCGGCGCCGCCGCGCGCGCCCGACCGCGACGUACAGUUGGCUCUGGAACUGCGACAUCGCGCCUCCAUGCCGGCAAGUUCGGGUGCUGGUGGAAAGCAAGUGGCAAUUGUUCAACCUCAGAGAAGAAAUACUGAUAACCAGAAUGAGUCGACAAGCCCUCGGCUAGCGGUGUCUCCGCACCCGCACCCGCACCCGCACUCGCACCCGCACGGGCACGGGCACGGCUCGUCGCGCAAGUCCGCCAGCGCUCGCUUACACACGCCUACCAAGGCGACGCUAUGGAUCGAGUCCCGGCGCGGAGACGGGGGGCGCGCGCGCGGCGGCUCGCUGCGCAUGCGCGCGACGCCGGCGCCGGCGCCCGCCACGCCGCUGCGGCUCGCCGUGCUGCGCAAGGCGCUCACUCCCGCUCCGAGACCGACUAAAGUUCGCGUCACGAAGAUACAGGCGCCGCUCCGUAUUGAUCACACAAAACAAGCAGCUUUAAUGCUGAUGACGGGUCACACGCCAAAGUCCAAACUCCCCAGCCCCAGGACCCCGACCUUUGUGGCCAAGAAGCGGAGCCCGGCCGCCCGGACGCCUGGAGGCCGGAGCACCCUGAACGCUGGCAGCAAGUCCACGAGGUCCACUCCGCAGGCGUUAGUGGCUGAGACGCCGGAGAAGUCCACCAGGAAGAGUAAUAAGAGGAACUCGGGGAAACGGUCGGUAUCGGUCCUAGAAAUCACGGACUCGGAAACGUCAUCCCGCCGUUCACCCGCCCCGCCUAACCCACCAAAAUCCGCUCUCAAGACUGGUCGCUCCCGCAAGACGGAAUCUAUCAAAUUCGAUCUCAGCAAUCUCGAGAAUCACUCUGAAGACGACGAUAUUCUUAUGGUAUCGAGUACUACAAGAGAUGCCACCGAGGAUGGGACUUUACGGUACUCCAGUGCGCCUCCGUCGCCAUCUCCGCGCCGCUCCAUACAUUCCCGGAGCGAACGAAUGCUAGCGAGCCUGGGCUCCCCGCUCGGGGCGUCGGCGAGGACCCGAACGCCCGCUCGCGCCUCGCCCGCGUCUCCCCGCUCUUUAAAGUCGGCAAGAGGCUCUAUAAUCGUCCAAAAAGCUCUGGAAAACUCGGACACGUUCGUCACAGAGUGCAGCAACAGAACGGGAUCGCCGCGCCGUCGCGAUCUAGAAGCCUACUCCCUCGUCGAUCUCGUAUCUCUAGACUCCGACACGUCGCGCUCCGUGUACGGGUCGGCAGGAUCCCCUUCGCGUGCAGGCUUCGGGGCGAGCACCCCGCUGGCGACGCGUGCGGCGCCUGCGGAUGGAACGUUGACGACUCCCGAGCAUGCGCCGCGAGCGCCUGCACUCGGCACCAGGAGGUCCCGCGGCGCUCGCAGCCGCUCCAGACUUGACGAUAGCACGAGGACUAUAGAUUCCAUGGAGGAUGACUCCCCUAAAUCGUCGAGGAAACUAGUGAAAUCGGCUUCGAAACGCUCCCGUAGCCUCAACGACGGCUACCCUGAAUCUCCUCGGACCUAUAUCUCGCUCGAUUCGUCGCAGAAAUCUCUAGGUAAUCUCUCGACUGCGGCGAAACGUGGAUUUCGCAGUCGGCUCGACGCUGGCGAUCUUCUCGAGUCUCCGACGAACGUUUCCAUUGAAUCUAUGAAAAAGUCUCUGAGCGGGGUGCCCUCCGCUUCAAAACGUAACCCUCGCACUCGGGACGACGCGUUGGAGGAGUCUCCGAAAGGAAUUUCGCCGAGAAAAUCUCUAGCGCGAUCGCCUACGAAGCGUAGGUCUCGUGGCGAUGCCGCUGUCACGCUGGGAUCGCCGAGAGGCAAUAUUUCUAUUAGCUCUCUGAAAGAAUCGCGGGGUAAGAAGCUUUCCGCUUCACACUCCCGCAGUCGCUUGGACGAUAGUUCUGUACUUGAAUCUCCGGAAGUUUCGGCUGACUCGACAAGGAAAUCUCUUGGAAAUACACUUUCUGCCUCUAAACGCGGCUCGCGUAGCCAAAUUGACAAUAUCACACUUGACUCUUUAGUUGUUUCACCUAAAUCCUCAAAAAAGUCUUCAGGAAAGUCACCUGUGGCAUCUCAAGAAAAUGUCUCGGUUAACUCUAUAACAAAAUCUGGAGGGAAAUCACCUUCUCCUACGAAACGCAGCUCUCGAAGUCAAGUUGACUCUAUUACUCCUUUGAAAUCUCCAAAAGCUAAUGUUUCAAAUGCACCAAGACAGUCUGCAGGAAAAACACUUUCUCCUUCAAAACGAGCUUCUCGUAGCCAACUCAAUAGCACUGCAUCGCCAAAGUCUCAAACUUUGUCUGCUUCAAAACGCAGCUCACGAAGCCAAGUUGACAGUGUCCUCAGUUCCCCGACUGAUUUGACUGAUUCAACUCGGAAAUCUACAGAAAAGUCCUCGGUCUCAAAACGUGGUUCUCGCAGUAAAAUUAUUGACAGUGUGUUAUCUCCACAACUUGAUAACUUGUCGGAUUCAACAAGGAAAUCACUAGGAAAGACACUGUCUGUUUCAAAACGUGGCUCUCGAAGUCAACUCGUCGAAACUAUCCUCAGCUCUCCAGAAACUGAAGCUUUAGCCGAUUCGACACGAAAGUCUCUAGGCAAAACACCAAAACGUGGGUCUCGCAGUCACGUCGAAAGUAUUCUCAGUUCUCCUGACGCUACGAAGAAUUCUACUAGAAAGUCUACAGGAAAGUCCCUUUCUGCUUCAAAACGAGGAUCUCGCAGCAAAAUCAUCGAUAGUGUGUUAUCUUCACAACUUGAUGCCUUAGCUGACUCUACAAGAAAAUCUUUAGGCAAAACAUUGGCGGCUUCAAAACGUGGUUCACGAAGCCAAGUUACUGACAGCGUAUCUCCGAAUCUUGAUGCUUCAGAUAAUUCCACAAGAAAGUCCACAGUAUUGACUCUUUCUGAAUCAAAACGUGCUUCACGCCAAGCUGAUAGUCCAUUUUAUUCUCCUAACGCUUUGGCAGAUUCUACAAGGAAAUCUUUGGGCAAAACACCGAAACGUGGUUCUCGAAGCCAACUGGAUAGUAAUGCCACAUUAGAAACUCCAAAAGACUCAAGAAAAUCUCCAACAGCGAAUAACUCUACAAGAAAGUCUGCAGGAACGACGCUCUCUACUUCAACUCGUAACUCUCGCAGUAAAAUUAUCGAUAGCGUCCUAUCUCCGCAACUUGACGUUUUAUCAGAUUCUACUAGAAAAUCUCUAGGAAAGAGUCUUUCUGCUACAAAACGAAGAAGCCAACUUGUUGAGAUUGUCAGUCCCAGAGAUUUUUCCACAAGGAAAUCUGCAGGGAAAUCACCCACCCCUUCAAAACGUUCACGCAGUCACCUAAAUGAUAGUGUUCCGACUGAAUCUCCUAAAAACACAUCAAGAAAGUCUGGAGCUAUAACACUUUCGGCAUCAAGUCGUAAGACAAGAAGUCUUCCUAUCGAGUCUCCUAAAGAUGCCAAGAAAUCGCGCGUCAGUGCUAUCUCUACCUCGAAGCGUAGCAUUCGUGAAUUUGAACCUAGUCCCGACGUGUCCCCUAGAGGAAAUGCUUCGCCUCCAUCGAGGAAAUCAGCGAAAUCUUCAUCCAAUACACCGCUGGCGUCUUCCAAAGUAGCUUCGCCGAGUAAAUCUCCAAAAUCACCCGCAAAAUCGCGUGCAACGUCGUCUGCGAUAUCGCCUAAAGUUUCUAGAGCGAGAACUUCGAGAAAAACACCUAAUGUAUCACACCAUUCACCAACAGCAGCAGGGUACACCAGCGCUCGCAAUGAGACUGUGUCAGAUGGAGAAGUGACUCCAGAAGAACGGGGAAGCCCCGAAGAUGCCGGCACACCCAUACUUAGCAUUCGAAGCCUUUUGGACGCUACCGUAUCCGAUUCUCCUGGCGAACCUCCCCGCAAACGUGGAAGAAUAUCUGCGCUUGAAAGUAGGAAAACAUUCGCCGCUCAGAACGCGCCUAGAAAUGCUCAUGGCUCUAUUCGAUCCAAAUCUUUGAUCUUAGUUCGGGGUGCGGGUGAUGUAACGCCUACGGGAGUCGCCGAACCGACCCCGGAGGCGGUUAAAAGCAAACAUUCGUCGGCUAAGAAGAGCCGAUCACGCCGUUCCAUUAUUGAUAACCUGGAAGACUCCGGCUUAGUGAAACAUUUGUUCAACAGUCCGGUGAAACGGAAACUAUCGCAGAGCAUGAGCGAAUUCUCACGCCGCCUCGAAGAAGAUGAGGAAACCGGCCCCGACGUUGGCGGCGUCAAGCGAUUAUUCACCAAGAAAUCAUCGCCUCGCGCGCGACGUUCUAUAAAGAACGACUUAACCGACGUGGCCGGGGUCAAGCUCAUGUUCGCGGCCGCACCUCGCGACAGCUUCGGAGACGUCCGCGGCAUCAAGCGGGCCUUCCAAGCUUCACCCAAAGACGAUUUACGUCAAGUUUCCGGCGUCAAGAGCUUGUUCAACGAGAAGAAGCCGCGCGACGAUCUGUCGGACGUACGUGGAGUGCGGGAGCUGUUCCAACGCGAUCCCAGGAACGAACUCGAUGCUUCCGGAGUGAAGGAUGCUUUACGAGUGAGGAGUCCGAAGAAUGAUCUUCGGGACGUGCGCGGGGUGAAGAAGCUUUUCAGACAAUCGAAGUCACAGACGUCUCCGAACGUGAGCGGGGUUGCUAGGUUACUAGACGAGCCGGCACCGGCGGAGGUCAUGUUCGACCGACUAGUGGGCAAGCCGCCCGUGCGGGCGACGUACUCCAAGACUUUCGUAGCCCGUUCGGCUCAAAAACCGGCCAAACGCCGCCGCACUAAGUCUCUGAGCGGGGACGCAAUCGUGAACGACCCCGAAGGAUGGCUAGAGGAGGAGUUACAAAAACGUGUGGGCAAACCUGUCAUGCGCGAACUACAAAAACUAGCUACGGAUACGGUCGCGGGCGGGACGCCGAUACUUUCCUCUCGCUCUCGCAACAGCGUCGGCCCGGGGCGCUCCGCGGCGGAGAACUACGCGGAGCACACGCUGCCCAUUAAGAAGCGCUCGCUAGAGAAAGCUCCAGAAUCGCGUUCGGCUAAAAAGAGGUCGCUACCGUUGAAGAAGCGCGCGUUGGUUCAUUCCACGCCGGUGAAGGGGCGAGUCUCGCGCGCUGAGGAUGCCACGCUCGCGCGCAUGUCGCCCAUCGCGGUGCAGCCUGCCUUAAACACUAUUCAAGAACCUGCGAGAGGAUCACCAUAUAAGCCUAAGAAUCCUACUCCUAAAAAAGCCGUAGCGGUCAAGAAAGCGCCUGCAACUGUCAAAGAAUCUAAGGAAGUUCCAGCGCCUAAACCUGUCGCUAAGCCGGCAACACCAAAUAAGUCACCGAUGCCUAAAAUGGCAAUAAGAGCGAAAAAUGUCUCGACACCGACCAAGGUCACACCCAAGAAAGCAACAAGAGCGAAAAAGGUCUUGACCCCGACCAAGGUCACACCCAAGAAAGCAACAAGAGCAAAAAAGGUCUUGACACCGACCAAGGUCACACCCAAGAAAGCAACAAGAGCGAAAAAGGCCUUGACACCGACCAAGGUCACACCCAAGAAAACAACAAGAGCGAAAAAGGUCUCGACACCUAAAAAGGUAACGCCUAAAAAACCAACAAGCGGUAAAAAGGUUGCUACGCCUACAGUUUCACCUGAGAAGGCGCCAACACCUAAAAAAGCGACAAGAGCUAAAAAAGUUCUCACUCCGAAGGCCGCAUCUCCUAAAAAAUCACCCACACCUAAGACGACAAGAUCGAAAAAGGUCAUAAACGCCGCCACUCCUAAGAAAACUGCCGCUAAGAGCCUUACAGUAGUCGUUAAGAAACUACGCGUAAUAGUCGUGGCCGCAAGCUCGAAACCGACUAGAGGCUCUAUAAAGUCCGUAACAAAGAGUCCGCUUCCCAAAUCUCCUGCGACUAAACACUCGAGAUCAAAGAAAGCGGCGCCAAGUCCCGCCCCCGUCGCGGAGAAACGUAGUCGCCAGCGAGCCGUCGCCGCUACAAGGAAGGCCGCACGAGUUAGCCUAGUCCUGCAUAAACCAUCACCAGUCUUGAAACCUCAGCCCGCCGCUAGAGCUAAGAGGUCCAAGAUCGAACCUAAGGAGUCACCGAAGAAAGCGCCAACCGGAGCCGAGAACCCUGCAGCCGGCCCCGCCCCCGUCGCGGAGAAACUGGCAUCGCCCGCUAGAAGGAAGGCCGCACGAGUUAGCCUAGUCCUGCAUAAACCAUCACCAGUCUUGAAACCUCAGCCCGCCGCUAGAGCUAAGAGGUCUAAGAUCGAACCUAAGGAGUCACCGAAGAAAGCGCCAACCGGAGCCGAGAACCCUGCAGCCGGCCCCGCCCCCGCCGGUCGACGACGCGAGGCCGCCGUAGUGCCUCAAAAACGUGCAGGUAAAGCGGCGCCGAAAAAAGGGACUCCGCAGAAAGCGAGAGCCACACCGGAGCCAAAGAAGGGUCGCCGAGCACCCGCGACGACGAAAGAUGAGAAAGCUGGAAACACUGCCAAAGCUCCGGCGCCUAAAGGAAAGACUGAAGUUCCGACCACGCCGGAGCCUAGGAGAAAGGGACGCAGAGCCCCGGCCGCUCCGGAAGCGAAGAAAAAGCCCGCCAGAGCGACCCCGGAGCCUAAGAAAGGUCGUAAAGCGGCUCCGAGACCGAAAGCCGGCCCCGAAUCCAAGAAAGAGGCCGCCAAAGCAGCGAGUCCGGAACCCAAGAAAGGACGUAAGACCGCCGCUAAAGAGCAGGCGGAAGAGCCUGCGCCUAAACGAGGACGCAAAACUAUUACUGAAGUCGUGAAGAGUCCACCCGCGCCGCGAAGAGCCGCCAAAAAGGCUGAGGCUGCCCCGAAAGAAGGUGCCAAGCCUAAAGGGAAGAAGGUAACAAUAGUGGAGCCCGUGAAGAGUCCGCCGCGAGGCCGCAAGAGGAAAUACGAUUCGCCAGUAGACAAGAAAAAAGAGCCCUCGCCUAAAAAGCCGCGCUCCUCCCGCGCCGCCCCCGCUCGUGCUCAAGGAGGUUCGGGGGGUAUUUGA